AAACACUUCCUGGUGUGUCAGUUGCAGCUGAGAGUGCAGGGCAGGCUGGGAGACGGUACUUUUUCUCUUAGUUCCCAAACCUGCUCAGUUAGAAAAGGCUUUAUUUAUAUUCCAAGGCCUUUUCUCUUGUGAAAAGUGCGACACUGGAGGGAGAGGAGAGAAAUGAAAGUGAAAGGCAAGGCCUGGUGACUCUGAUCUCUCAAACAAACUGAGUUUCCUCGCCCAGCUUCAUCAACAGAGGCCUCUCACCAUGGAUUUGCAAGUCAUGCUGCUCCAGAUCUCCAACAAGUUAAAUGACACCGAACUCAGCAGCCUGAAGUUCCUGUGCGGGAAUUUGGGCAAGAAAAGGCUGGAGAGUGUCCGUAGCGCCACCGACCUGUUCAGCCUGCUGCAGGAACGGCGGGAAAUCUCAGAGGAGAACGUCGAUUAUCUGAUGAGGUUGCUGAGCAUGAUCAAAAGAGAGGAUCUCGUGACGGAAGUGGCCGAAUACAAAACAACGUGCAUUGGCGACGCCAUGGCCCCAAGGACACCGGAAAGAGAUCCGUUGGACGACGCCUUUGAUGUCAUAUGCGAUAACGUUGGGAAAGACUGGAAAAUGCUCAUGCGGAGACUUUGCAUUACAGAUGUGACAAUAGAACGCGUUGUUGGGGCAAAUCCAAACAACCUGCGGGAGCAGCUGUAUCAGUGUCUGAGGAGCUGGAAGAAGGACAAGGGGGACAGCGCCACUAUGGAGAACCUGUGCCAAGCUCUGCUGAGUUGUAAAAUGAAAUUGGUUUGGGAAAAAGUUCUACAGAAGCAGAACUCGGGCAAUUCAUAGCCGUCCUUUUAAUAUCAACUGGCGACAAAUCGCCUCUUCUUCAGGCGGCUAAUCUCCCCCAACUGCAACUCUGGGUUCCAUCCUGCCGGUCAUUUACGUUCUAGCCGGCGGGAUGGAACACAGAGCGCUUCUUUUUCCGAAGUCACCUGAGGUUUCCUCGUCAGGCAACUUCGGAAAAUGGACUCAGAGUGCCAUCCCAUUGGCAAUUUCGAUUCUAGCCGGCGGGAAGGUUAGUUGAGAAGAGGCGAUUUGUCACCGGGCGACAAAUCUCCACGUGUGUCUCUGCCCUUACAGUUACCAGAGGCGGCUUUUUGCCGGAGCAGCCCUGGGUACCUGUAGUUAUUACAGUUACAUACAAAACACACACACUGGCUAAUUUGUUCACAUAGGUGUUGAAUUGCACCAGUGCAGUUACCCAUAGCAACCAACUAAAUCUUCAUCCUCUUCAGAUGACAGCUAGUGUCUGUGCAAUUCAGUACCGAUGUUCGUAAAUACGCCCUGUGCUGCCUUAACAAAACAAUUGCAAUGAGUGGGCCCCAUUUAUAAACUGAAGUAACAAAAAACAUUUGAAAAUUCUUGAUUUUUUUUUUUACUAAAAAAUAUUUCAUAAAUGCUAUGAAAAUGUUCAGUUUCUGAGGCAUUUCUGUUUCCUGUUUAUAAAGAACUUAGGAAUCUUUUUUUUUUUUGUCUAAAUGCACAUGAAUUUUGUUCUCCAGACCCAUUAUGAAAUAUUUCGAUGGCUGAUUAAUCUUGUCAAAGCUCUUGAAAUUCUAUAAAAUGAAUUUUCUGCAAAA